CAUCUCCUUCCUCGCGUCUCUCUCGGCAGGCGAGCCUCGCCAGCACACCACUCUUUGGCGACGCGAUGAAGCACGCCGCGAAGCUCCCGUCCCGUGGCUCAGCGUCGUCGUCGCCCGCGACGUCCGCGCACAGGCUCUCCCACUCCAUCGCCAAGGAGCCGCCGCGGAAGAUCAGGAUCAUCCACGUCCUGGCGCCGGAGGUCAUCAAGACGGAGGCCCGGCACUUCCGCGAGCUCGUCCAGCGGCUCACCGGGAAGCCAUCGCCGAACGGCUCCGGCGCGGCGGCGUCCACCGAGGACGCGUCGUCGUCCCCGCCGCCUCAGGACUCGUGCGACUCGUCGGCGCGCGACGAGAGCCGCGGCGCCGGCACCGCGGCGGGGAUCGAGUUGAAGGUGAAGGAGGAGCUCGAGACGUCGUCGGGUGACGAGGGGGGAGGGUUCCUGCGCGCGCUCGAGUUGGACGGCUGCAACGACAUGUUCUUCCAGGGGCUGGAGGAUUUCCUCUUCAGCUCCUGCGACAUGGAGUCCGGUUUCAAUUUCUGAUCAGGCGCAUGCGCUGGGGGAGCUGGGCAUUUUUCUCCAACCUCUUGAUCUGACAUUCUGUUCCAGCACUACAGAACAAUUUGUAGUUAUGAGAUGAAGAUCUCGAGUUUGCUCAGUUUGCAAAGAUAAAUCAUCAGAUAUGCAUUUCCUCUGUUCGUUUGUUUCUCUGUUCCAAAGCUGUUCUUUUUUGGAUCGUAUCAUGAGUAGAAUGGAAUGCCAUUUGGUUGAUUUCUUUCGAUUAA